CAGUGGGUUGAAUGUGUGCCGAAAAUAACCCGGCAAGUUGAGUAUAGAGGAGAUCCGGGCGGCUUGGUUAUUACUACAGAGGGAGGAUAUAACAAGUACAAACACACACAGCCUUAUCAGUUAAUCUGUAGACCACUUAUACAAGAUGACCAGCGCACUGAGAGCAAGCAAAGCCGGCCUCGGCUAUGAGGUCGAGAAGAAGAUGGAGGCUAACUACGACAGAGAAGAGCAGGCUGGAACCCCGCAAGCCAUUGUAAAUUGGACGAACGCCAUCCUUAACGGCAAGCACGAACCUUGUCCAGGUUCGGGCAUUAAAGACAUUGGUGCAUAUUUCAAGAGUGGCGUACCCCUGUGCAAACUCAUCAACGAGCUGUUGGCGUCCGAAGGUAAGCCACCCAUCCCUUACCAGAAGAAGGUCAUGUCCCCGUUCGUUGCACUGACAAACCUGGAGAAUUUCGCUAAGGGUUGUGAGAAUUACGGCCUCAGCAAGGAGUGCACAGUCCAGUCGACAGACGUCCACGAGUGCAGGAAGGCCGGGCUCUACAACUUUAUCAACACCAUGCACAGUUUAGGAUUCCUGGCAAAUUCGAAAGGCUACAUGCCAGCCUACACAGGCGAAAUCGUGAAGUACCUGGACAACGAGUAACUCCACAGAUGUGGUAAAUCGGCGUCAUGGGCCGCACACUAGCGUCCUGAAUCCAAAACAGACGACUCUACGGGGCAUCCUGCUUCAUGUGCACGGGGUCCUGGCGCCGCAAAUAGUGCCGCUGUUUUGCUCAUGUUCAUAUUUACCGUCACGCAGCGGAGAGGAUACCAACGGACGCCUGUGACGGAUCAAAAAGUUAACAAUUCGGAUCAUUUAGAUUGCUCUGUUGUCGUCAUAUCAUAUCGUACUUUAAAUGUGAAAUAACUGUCAACUUCGAACUGAAACCUUCAUAAUUUACUUUUGCAGACAUUGUUGUUUUUCCGAACAAGGAAGUUGGGGUCGCUCACUAAUGUGACGUGAAGUUUUAUAUAGCUUAGACAGUGGUGUUUUUCAUAGAAGUAAGAAAGUGCCUGUAAAAGAAAGAUGAAGUUUGAUAAGAAAUGGCAGAUUAACACAGAACAGGUGUCGCUAUGUGCUCUAGUUAGCAUACAUCUCCUGUAAACUUUAUAUACAAGCAACUAUCAUCACAAUAAACUGUUUAUCUCGCCUUC